AUGAGCAGCAACCUCGUCCACGAAGAAACCGUCGCCUUCAUAGGUCUGGGGGUGAUGGGAUAUCCUAUGGCCGGACACCUGGCUCGGCACGGUUAUCGCGUAACGGUUUUUAAUCGUGACGCAAGCAAAGCCGAGCGCUGGCAUGGCCAGUAUCAGGCAGAAGUCGAUCAUUCGCUGGAAACCGCCUCCAGCCCGGCGGCAGCUGCUGAAGACGCAGACGUAGUAUUUAUGUGCGUCGGUAACGACGACGACGUUCGUUCGAUCAGCUACGGUGAUACCGGCGUGUUAGCAGGCAUGUCACCCGGCAGCGUUCUGGUUGAUCACACAACCGCAUCUCAGGAACUGGCUUUAGAACUGGCUGAUCGGGCAGGGCAGCUCGAUAUCGGCUUUCUUGAUGCGCCGGUUUCCGGCGGUCAGGCUGGCGCCGAAAACGGCGCCCUGACGAUUAUGGUAGGGGGGCUGGCAGAAGACUUCACGCGCUGCCAGCCACUGUUCAACACCUAUGCAAAAAAGACCGCCUUGCUUGGCCCUACCGGUGCCGGGCAACUGACCAAAAUGGUCAACCAGAUCUGCAUUGCAGGCAUCCUGCAGGGUCUUGCUGAGGGUGUUCACUUUGCCCAGCGAGCGGAUCUGGACGUGGAGCAGGUGGUAGACGUUAUUUCCGCAGGCGCUGCCCAGUCCUGGCAGAUGGACAACCGCGCAGCCACCAUGGCUCGUGAUGAGUUCGAUUUUGGUUUUGCAGUCAACUGGAUGCGUAAAGAUCUGGGUAUCGCAUUACGCACGGGUGAUGGGCUGGGUGCGCGCAUGCCGCUUACCGCGCUUGUCGAUCAGUUUUAUGCAGAUGUGCAGGCGCUCGGGGGCGGGCGCUGGGAUACGUCCAGUCUGCUACGUCGUUUUACUCAGGAUUGA